UGUGCUAACAAACAUUUUCUGGCACACGUCGACAACUAAAUUAGUUUAUUUAGGUAUUUAGCCUUGGGUGUAGCUUUAACUAUUUUGUCAAAGAAGGACGUCAGGAAGAUGACAUUGUGCUCACUCCAUAGUGUCUGUGGAUAAGCGUUUGAUGGUGGUGAACCACGUCCACCUGCUUUGGCAGCCAGCUGUUGUCACUGCUCUCUUAGCAGAUGCUAAAUAUUCGCUUGCACUUAGGAAAACAACUGUUGUUCUGCAAACACAAGUUUGUGUUUGUUUUGAAUGUACACGUAUCCAGCUUGGACGAGCAGUGGCGAAACCAAGAACGGAUUUGUUUCCUAGUUUUAUAAACGAGUGGAAAAGACUGACAUCCAAUCAUGGAUGGGUUUGUCGGGGAACUGCUUGGUGAAGACAGUUCUGUGGUGGCACGCAUGCAGAAGAAGUUCUGGAAGACCAAGCAGGUGUUAAUCAAAGCCACUGGCAAGAAAGAGGACGAAUAUGUCGUGGCCUCGGACGCCGACCUGGAUGCAAAGCUUGAGUUCUUUCGCUCAGUCCAGUCUACAUGCACAGAGUUGCUCAAGGUGAUUGAGAAGUAUCAGCAUAGGAUCACGCGUCUGUCCCAAGAGGAAAACGAGCUCGGCCUGUUUCUGCGCUUCCAAGCCGAGCGUGACCGCACCAAGGCUGGUAACAUGAUGGAUGCAACCAGCAAGGCCCUGUGCACCUCUGCCAAGAAGAGAAUGGCGCUUUGUGCACCGCUAAAACGUUUGCACCAGGAAGUCGAGACGUUUAGACGGCGUGCCAUUGCAGACACGCUCUUGACAGUCGGCCGCAUGGAGAAAGCUCGCACGGAAUACAGAGGCGCUUUGCUGUGGAUGAAAGACAUCUCUCAAGAACUCGAUCCAGACACUUAUAAACAGCUGGAAAAGUUCCGUAAGGUUCAAGGCCAGGUGAGGUCAACUAAGAGCCAGUUUGAGAAACUCAAGAAUGAUGUGUGCCAGAAGGUAGACAUGCUUGGUGCCAGCCGCUGCAAUAUGCUGUCACAUUCACUUUGCAACUACCAGACAACUCUGCUUCAAUUCUGGGAAAAGACAGCCCAAGCCUUGUCUGGCAUCCAUGAUGCUUUCCAGGGACAUGUACCUUACCAGUUCACCACAAUCAAGGAUCUACGGGACCCACUGGACCAAAUAGGUGCUGUGCAUCAAGGAGAGGAAGAGGAGAAAGUACUACAGGGAAACACUGACAGUUUAGUGUGCUUGGAUGACGAAGCAUCAGGAAGUGCUGCUGACACAGGUGUUUUGUUGGACCCCACCGGCAUCGAGUCGAGAGCCGAUGAUGACGACGGUGAACAAGGUGACAUGGCUUUUCUCAAAGACCUGCUUAGCCCUAGUCCGGGGACGACCGACGACUUCAGCAAAGAGUGGCAGGAUGCAUUCGGGCUCUUCGACGCACCUGUCGAGGGGCCACCACCACUGCCACAAGGCCAUUCUGCCCCACCACCGCAGGCUAUGUCCCCAAACCCUACUGGUUUUCUGCCUUCCCAGCUACUGGAUCAGAGUCUGAGUUCCACAGGCUGGUCUACCCCACCCAUGUUCCACGUCCCGCCCCUUCAGCCUCCUCCUGCACACAACCAACCAGCUACACCGGCGCCAGCUUCUUCAGCUAAUGCUACUGCAGGUGGAUCCCGAGAUAUGUCGGCUUGGUUCAAUCUGUUCGCCGACCUGGACCCGCUCUCCAAUCCUGACGCAAUUGGACGUUCGGCAGACGAGCUCCUUAACGCCUGAAACCCUCCAGGACGAUGUCUUAGUCAUAUUCUAAACAUUAUUACACACACUCACAGAGGAAAUGACUGUUAACAUACCACACCAAGGUUGCAAAUGUCUGGUAAAUUUACAUGUAAGUUUAUUUGAAGGGAUUCUUCUUAUUGGAAAUGUGGGAAUGGGAAUUUUAAGAAUUAAUGGGUAUCAAGUAGUAAUUUAUUGGAAAGGAAUCGUAUUGUCAUUUUUGUAGCUGUCCAUGCUAAAUGGGUUGCUCUCCUUGUCCAUUUAAAAGUGUAUUACAGUAUCUAAAUUUCUUCAUUGACCAAGCCAUUACUUCAGUUACGUCAGUUACAGCUACUCAUAUAUAUAUAUAUAUAUUUUUUGUCGGGGAUAUGCAAAAAUAUAAUGUGAAAAUAUAUUGAGGUUCCCUUUGAAUGAGCCAACCUUCGCCUAAGUAAUUUCCUCUUUAUUUCCAUUAAUUAACUUCGCACAAAAAAAUCCAACCAUUUGCAACCCUCUAAAAAUGUGCAUAAUUUGACUUUAUUUUUGUGUUUCCUUCGUACCUGCACAUUGGAUCUAUUCUGGAUGUGUUUUUUUGUACUUGAUCACAUUAAUGCCAAUGCAUUGCAAAGAAGGGUUUUAAGUUUAUCACAUAACAUGUAUGCACUGAACUGUCUAGAGUGCACCUUUGUGUCUGUGAACCAGAAGCCAUCAUAUCUUUGCUAAACCUCUUCCUGUCUAUUUUUGAGAAACGUGAAAAUGAAAAUAACAAAAUUACCCUUUUAGAUCAAAAAAUGGACUUCUUACUUGGUUUUGGCAGCCCUCUGCUAUUUGUAAUUUUUAAUUCAUUUCUGCUAAUCUGUGAAUCGGUAAAUUAAAUGAAUAACCCCAGAACACCCCCCCAACAGGUCAUUGUCCACCAACCAGUUUUGUGCUUGACGCCAUCAGCAGCAGAAAUAGUUGUUGUAGUUGGAAAAGGUUUGGGUUCAUAUAGUUUUGUGUUUUGGUUGUACUGUUUGGUUUCACUUGGACCUUUACGGUUAUUUUGUCUUGAAUACUUAUACAACAGAGCACCAGUUUAAUACUAGAAAGUGCAAUACACAAGUCUCUUGCUCUCGCUCGCUCAUUCUGCAAACAUUGGGAUGACAUUUAAAUCGCUGGCUGCCGUUGACAGUGAUUGACGCCCCCUCCGUUUUAAAUAUGUUCAGUCCCUGCCAACACUCCCUAUUAAAACGGUUUGGAUCUACAUCGCUCCAACAAACUAACUUUAAAGAUCACUUGAAAAUGCUCGCUAAACUGUUGAGUUGUAUGUAUAAUUUAAUUUUGGAUUUAUUUGCAAAAGAAGACUUAAUUUCGUCCUAGAGAAAUGGGGGCAAAUAUUUUGAGACGAAAUAUGUAUGUACAGCAGAGGUGCCCAAGUCCAGUCCUCGAGAGCCCCUAUCCAGCUUGUUUUCCAUUUCUCCCUCCUCCAACACACCUGACUCAAAAAAUCAGGAUCGUUAUCAGGCUCCUGCAGAGCUUGCUGAUGGGCUGAUCAUUUGAUUCAGGUGUGUUCAAGGAGGGAGACAUGAAACACAAGCUGGAUAGGGGCUCUCGAGGACCAGACUUGAGCACCCCUGGUGUACAAUAUAUGCUGGAUUUAGUGCAUCUGUUGUGCAGGCAGAGCCUGUGGGAUACAAUACUGUAUUACUAUGACUAUUUUAAUUUGUUUCCGUAUGCUACAAGAUCACUUUUUGCUACUAUAAUAAAAAUCAUAUCUAAAGAUGUUCUACACUGAAGGUAGUAUUUACACUGUCACUUGCUGUCCAUUGUUUACUCUUGAAGAAUGUAUUAUCAGCCUUUUAUUUCAUCUAGCUUCAUGAUUUACAAAUGGAAUUAGGUAACAAUAAACUGGAGGAAAAAUG